CAUCCGAGUUCUUCCGUGAGAAGGCAACUUCCGGUGUUAAUGCCCACAUGUUUGACUGCGACUGGUUUUACGUAAAUUAAAAUGGAUCAAGAUCGAAACAAAGCGAGCAAACCAGGUUUUUUUACUCCAUACUCAACCGGUGAUCCUACUCUAAAUGUGCCAGUUUCUGCAGGCCAAGCUGGGGUUAUGUCCCCAUAUAUGAACUUUGACCCCAGUUUCAUUAAAACAGGAGAAGCAGAAUUUAUAUUCCCAGAAGGAGCCGACAAGCAAAGAGGUAGAUUUGAAGUAGCCUUUUCACAAAUAGGUGGUGCCGUUCUAGCUGGUGGUUUAUAUGGAACAUUGAAUGCAACAUAUCUGUGGAAAAAGCAUGGGCGAACUGAUGUUACAGCCAGGAUCAGAUAUACAGACUGGGCUAACACAGUUGGAAAGAGGGCAGCAUUUCAUGGACAGGCAUUGGGAACAAUUGCUGUACUGUACAGUAUCAUAGGAAUAGUUGUAGCUAAAACAACAGGAGUGGAAGGAGAAGUCAACAUCCUCUCAUCUGCUACUGCAACAGGCGCUCUCUACAGAAUGGCAGAUGGUCAUAAAAAGCUGCUGAGGGGAGGAGCUAUUGGUUUUGGACUUGCUUCUAUUUUCUGUUUAUGGAAAAAUACAGACAAAAUUCGCUACAUGCUGGAUGGAUGAGGUCUCAACUCUGGAAAAACAUUAUAAUUAAGAAAAUCUUUUGGAGAAACUGUGCACAUUCUAGUUCAUCAGUAGUAUUGUGUGAUUUAAACUUCAGCAAUGGGUUUGUUUUCACAGUACUAGAUUGUAAUUUUUGAAAUACUUUCGUAAAACAUAUCGUAUGGAAGUGAUCUUCAAAUGACAGAAGAAAAUCAAGAUAAAAGCCAAAGUAUUUUGAUAUUUCUAAUGGAGAAUGAUUUGUUUUACUCCAAACAUCAAAAUAACAUGUGUAACAGCAAAUUAAGCAUAUGUGUGAUGAUGAAAUUCCUAGUGAAUGUGCAGACAUUUCAUUUUUCAGUGUCUAUUACAUACUGUAGGGAGUGAUGAUCUAGGUAUAGUCACUCGAUCAUGUCUCGACCAAAAGACACUAUUAAACUGUCUUGAAUGAGUUGUGUACUGUACGGUGUGGUCUGUGAAUGUGUAAUACCAAUUAUAUGUAUGGUAAUGUAUGAGGUUUAGUGAGUGGACAAUUAGCUGUACACUGAUAGCGAUUUGUGUGAUAAAGAAUGAUUGUGUGAAUGUUUAAGAGAGAAAGCAUUGGUUGUACACAAAAUGUAUAUAGAAUUUUAUAUGGUUUUUCUGAAGAUUUGUCGUAAUAAGUGAAGACUUGGUGUGCAAAUUUCUUCUUGCUGUUCAGACUGGUUUGUAAAGCAGUCUUACUUUUUGACAUAAUUACCAGGUACAGUCAAACAUAAGUACCAGGUACAUAUAUUUAUAAGUAACAAAAUGUUGUGUUUGGCUAAUUUAUGUUGGAUCUAAGCUCACCUGAAACAAGUACAGAAUUGAGCUAACACUGUAGGGUAGUGUUGAUCAUCAGACAAAGUUUGCUUUAAGCAACUUCAAGAUGGCCAUCCAGAAUACAUCCCAAUACAAAUACAUGUACAGGCUUGUUUUAGGUAAAAUAUGAUCCUCGCUGUGUUAUAUAUUUUAAAUGUGUAUCAAGUAAUACAAAAUAGCUUCAUAGCCCUUUUGUUCUUCUGGGGAAUGGAUCAAAUUUAAUAAUUUUUUCACGAUUGAUUUUAUAUCAAGGACAUUAAUAUUGAUGUCAUCAUGAUCAGGCGAGUGAAUUAUGUAGGCCCUGUAGGCCUCUUGCUUUGAUCAACAAAUUACAAAUUUACUUAGAACUGGGGAUCUUAAUUCCUUGCAUUUGUUCUUGAUGAUGAAUCUAUCUCGUAGAUAAAACUAGUUAUAUAUUAAAUAAAUUGAAAUAGGAGUUAUAUUGUCUGAAUUUAAUAUUUAUGUUGGUUUGAAAUGUUCACAUGUAAUAAAUUUACAGAGUGAAUGUCUAUAGUA